GCUGUAGUUGCCCGUAUUGUACACUUCCUCCGCCAGAGGCUGGUAGGAAAGACCAUCGCCAAUGCUGCGGCCAUAGAUGACAGCAGCGUAUUUGGCAAGGUUGGAACCAGUGGAAAAGAGGUCGAAGAGGCUCUGAAAGGCAAAACGGUUGUCUCUGCGGGCUCUCAGGGAAAAUACUUUUGGAUAACUUUAGACAAACCACCUCAUCUGGUAAUGCAUUUUGGCAUGACGGGCUGGGUACACAUAAAUGGCGAGAAGACGGCAUAUACAAAUUACUACAAGAAGAUGAAGGAGAGUGACAUCGCGCAAUGGCCUCCCAAGUUUUGGAAAUUCCACAUCAGCACAGACGAUAAAGAACCCGUCGAAGUCGCAUUUACCGAUGCCCGGAGAUUCGGCCGCGUGCGACUUGUCCACUGCCCCGGCGAGUCCAUCCGAAAGCACUCCCCCCUUGUAGAGAAUGGACCCGACCCUGUUGUUGACAAGGACAUCUUCACGGAGGAAUACCUCCGCGGCAAGAUGAAGUCCCGCCAUGUCCCCAUCAAGGCCCUGCUGCUUGAUCAAGCCAUGAUCAGCGGCAUCGGAAACUGGGUCGCUGACGAGACACUAUACCAAGCCAAGCUCCAUCCGGAGCAGUAUUCUGAUACCUUUGAUGACAAGGAAAUCGCAAGGCUGCACGAGUCCAUUCGUUACGUCUGCCAACUAGCCGUCGACAAGUUGGGUGAUUCGGAUGAGUUCCCUGAUCAUUGGCUUUUCAACCACCGAUGGGGCAAGGGUGGUAAGGAUCAAGCAACCAAACUUCCCAACGGAGAAAAGCUCGCUUUCAUCACUGUCGGCGGACGGACCAGCUGCUAUGCGCCAGGCGUGCAGAAGAAAACCGGCGCCGUUGUCGCCGGCGCAAAAGCGGAACCUGUGAAGAGCGAGUCGGGGAAGAGCAAGCCUGCAAAGGGCAAGGCAGCGAAGAGCGAGCCGAAAGCAGAAGAAGAUGACGAAGUACCCGAAGAAGCCGAUGAUGCAGAACCACCUGCCAAGAAGAGACGGGGCAAGGCGGCGUCAGCGACAGAGAAGUCGAAGCCUUCUCCUGUGAAAAAAGAAGCGGUGGAGGAAGACCAGGGUCGUCGUCGGUCCAGUCGCUUGAGGAAGUAG